ACCUGUAAAACAGGUGACACCACUUGUUCCAAGUACACCACACCUCCUUACUUGUUUUCUGCACAUCCAGCCUUGUACUCUCACAUUCAAUCACACAAAAUAUAACCAGGAGACCGUCUUACUUUUGCUCUUUGACAGAGACUUGUACUGACGAGUAUCAUAUUAUGAGCACAUUUAAUAAGAAAUGUGAAAUGGCGGAUAUAGUUUUCAAGGUCCAGGACUCUUUCAGCUGUCCCAUCUGUUUGGAUCCACUUGAGAAUCCGGUAACAAUUCCGUGUGGACAUAACUACUGCAUGGCUUGCAUUGAGGACUACUGGAAUGAGGACAAGCAUUCGGAGUCCUACAGCUGUCCUGAGUGCCGGGAGACCUUCAAACAGAGGCCUGCUCUUAACAAGAACACAAUGUUUGCUGAGGUAGUAGAGCAGUUAAAAAAGGCAAGACUGCAGGACACCUCACCUCGCAACCAUGGACCUGCAAACAUGGAAUGUUGCAUCUGCACUGGACAAAAAAGGCAAGCUGUCAAAUUCUGCCCGGAGUGUGUAGAGUCAUACUGCGAGGCUCAUACAGUUAGGCAUGAGAAAGCAAACUUUGGAGAGAAGCACAUAGUCGUUAGCAGAGAGCCUCAAAUGGAUAUCUGUCUCCGUCACAACAUCCCACUGGAGAUCUAUUGUCGAACCGAUCGGCAAUUGAUUUGUUCCCUUUGCUUUGCUGAAAGCCACAGAGAUCAUGAUGCAGUUUCAGUCACGCCAGUACGUACAGAAAAACAGGAGCAUAAAAGUUCUCAUAUGGAUACACAGCAUGGGAACAGGCACACAUCCCAUAAGCGUGGAAGAAGGAAAGACAAAAGAAGCAGGCAUGGUAGUGGACACGGGAGUAGACACAGAAGCAGCUCCAGAACGACCUUGCAUUUGAAAAGCAGUCAUGAAGUGAGCCAUCAUGAAAGGAGCCAUCAUGAAAGUCACAGGAGUAAUAUGAUCAGGCAUGGACAAGUACACAGGAAUAGACAUGGAAGUUGGCACGAGUAGCAGACAUGAGAGAAAUCAACACUGACGUUAAACAGGAUUAAUGUGUGGAGAAUGGUGUGGAAUAUGUCAUGAUUAUAGAAGGGACAGAUAUGAGGAUUGGAGGAAGCACACAACACUGUGAUUCCUCAUUUGAACUGCAGAUAUUUUAAAGUGAAAAUGUUAAACUAAUUUUUUUAAUUAAUAAUGCAUUUCAUGGGCGGCACGGUGGUGUAGUGGUUAGCGCUGUCGCCUCACAGCAAGAAGGUCCGGGUUCGAGCCCCGUGGCCGGCGAGGGCCUUUCUGUGCGGAGUUUGCAUGUUCUCCCCGUGUCCGCGUGGGUUUCCUCCGGGUGCUCCGGUUUCCCCCACAGUCCAAAGACAUGCAGGUUAGGUUAACUGGUGGCUCUAAAUUGACCGUAGGUGUGAAUGUGAGUGUGAAUGGUUGUCUAUGUGUCAGCCCUGUGAUGACCUGGUGACUUGUCCAGGGUGUACAGUACCCCGCCUUUCACCCGUAGUCAGCUGGGAUAGGCUCGAGCUUGCCUGCGACCCUGUAGAACAGGAUAAAGCGGCUAGAGAUAAUGAGAUGAGAUACAUUUCUACUGAAAUACAUUGACCAUGCAUGUUAAGUGGUACACAUUUGUUUACCAGAAUUGAGGAUUUCAAAUUAUACAUCCAAAUGAGUAUUUCUCAAAAGCAAAAAUGUAUAUUUCCAUCUCAUUUUGCUUGCAUGUUUUAGAUAUGAGUGUUAUACUGGGAAAUACACCACUCAUAUUUUUCAUAUGAGCUACAUCCGGGACAUGGAGAACCAAAAUUGUGACAAAUCUCUAUAUGUCACUCAUGAGGAAACCAAUGAAUUAUUUUGAUAAAUUUGGGCACUUUUUGUUUGUGAAUGUGUCUAUAUAAUGAAAAGAACAUCACACAUUGGCUUGAAGAUAAGAGGUUUAUCUUCUUGUGUUGAAAAACUCAUUUUUCAUACAAAAUACAUCAUGGAUCUGAGUGACAUAUUUCCCGAUCUUUCACUCCAACGACGUCACUUUCAGUGUUUUCCCACUGACUGGAUGCAUGUUAUCAAAAUAAUGAACCAGUUCAAAAUUUAAAUUCUUUUGAUUAACUUGUGGGCGGCGCAGUGAUGAGCACUGUCGCCUCACAGCAAGAAGGUUCUGGGUUUGAGCCCAGCAGCUGACGGAGGCCUUUCUGUGUGGUGUCUGCAUAGGUUUCCCCCCGACAGUCCAAAGACAUGCAGGUUAGGUUAAUUGGUGGCUCUAAAUUGACCAUAGAUGUGAAUGGUUGGUUGUCUCCACGUGUCAGCACUGCAAUGAUUUGGCGACUUGUCUACAGUAGGGCGUACCCCACCUCUCGCCCAUAGUCAGCUGGGAUAGGCUCCAGCUCGCCCACAACCCUACACAGGAUAAGUGGUUAUGGAUAAUGAAUAUAAAGAACAUUACAUGGUGGUAUGAAGAUAAAGUUUCUCUCAUGUUGAAAAUAUUUUCACUCCUGAGCGAAGUGAACAUGUUCAACACUCGAAGACAAACAUCUUCACGGAACCGUGUAACAUCCUUGUUUCUGUAUCUGUUUUUGAAACAAGUUAUGGAUGUUGGCAUCUUCAAAUGACUCAAAUCCUAAGGAGUGCUAAAUUUUGUACUUAAACUUUUUUUGGUUAAAGUUUUAAAUCUUUCAGACUCUAUCCACUAAUUGUGUUCAGGCAGUUAGGUCCAAUGACCUAAAAGUUAGUGCUUUGUAUAUAACUUGUAUAGCAUUAGUUGCAAACCAAGAGGAGUGAAAUCAUGGUCUGAUAGUUAUAGAAUAUAGCGUGUAAAUAUGUAGUUGGAGCAUAAACAGUUCCACACCCUUACUUUGAAAGUAUAAAACCUAAAAAUGUGUAGCGAGUCAGAUUUUUACUGAUAUACUAUCAAGUUACAAAUGACCAAAGGAAAAAAAAGGGAAAGUUAUCCUAGUGAACAAAUCAAAUUGAUAUGAACUUUUUUCCACUUAGCUCCUGCUGGGUCUGUGGUUCUUCCAAGUAUUUCACUGUUUGUAAUGGUAUCUCCUAAACAGAUCUUUUUAUACCAUUGUUUAAAACUAUGCAGUGUCAUUUUCUGUUUCAAGACUUGCGACUACUGAUCCCAUUUGCACUCGGCUACUUUAAGUGUUUGGACUCCAUAUUUGACAAAUUAACUGGAAUUAAACACAAUGAGGUGCAGUCCCCCCCCCCAAAGUUACUUAGACCCAUCAUUCUCAAAGUGAGGGUCCUGAAGACCCUAAGGGUUCUUUAAUGGAUAAGAAGUCUGGGACCCUGUAGCUUCUUUAUUUAACAAAAACACCCAAGAUGAACCUGGAUGACAAACUAGUAUCAAAGUUAUGGUUAACAUUUAAUUAGAGAGCAAUAAGGCUAUUUGAAUUAAACAGUUUAAUUAAAAGUUCUUACCUAACAUUUUAAUAAAAACAGGAAGUGCUGUUAACCAGAUCCACAGCUGGAUCGAAAGGUCAAGAUGAAUGCCAGUGCUAAUAAAGGAUAAUUGCUGAAA